AUGGAUUCUCAUAAUGUGUACCAACUAUUUAAUGCUACUUAUGAUUCUGAUCCAAAUGUGCAAAAGCAAGCAGAAGCCCAACUAAAACAGGUAUUGUCAUUUGGUGAAUACCAUCGGGGUAGGGUUGAGGUAUCAGUUGGUUUUAUCCCUAUUCUUCUUCAAAUUUUGGCUUCACAAGAAUCUAGCGUUGAAACUAGGCAAGCUAAUGAACCAUCAACGGCAAAUUUUGUCUCUAUUAAUCAACAAGAUCGGGAUGAAUUCAAAAAAAAUAUAUUACACAUCUUAUUGGCUGUUCCUAAUGCUGUAAGAAUCCAACUACUUGAUCCUUUAAGUAGAGUUCUUGAUAAUGAUUAUCCUCAUAAUUGGCCUGAUUAUUUAAAUCAAGUUGAUGCUCUUUUAACUUCUGGUGAUCCUAGAACUGCUUAUAUUGGCUUAUUGGCCUUACAACAAGUCGUUAAAGCUUAUCAAUGGAAAUCUUCUGAUCAAAGAGGUCCUUUGAAUGAAAUUAUUCAAAGAUCUUUUACAAUUAUUUUACAAAUGGGUCAGGAUUUACUUGGUGAAAUAAACUUGGAUGCUGCUGAAAUGUUGAGAAUUAUAAAUAAAAUUUAUAGUUCUGCUACUCAAUUUGAACUUUCUCAAACUCUUCAAGAUAAUAAUUCUAUUAUUCCAUGGGUCUCCUUUUUUCAACAUCUAGUUGAAAAAGAUAUACCUGGUGAAAUUAUUCCAAAUGACCUUGAAGAUCGACAAAAAUUUAUUUGGUUUAGAGCUCAAAGAUGGGCUUGUCAAAAUUUAAAUCGUCUUUUUCAAAGAUAUGGAAAUCCUGCUCAACUUGUUUCUUCUUCUACAAGAUAUGCCGCUUUUGCUGAAAAUUUCAUACAUCAUUUUGGUUCUCAAAUAUUACAUACUUAUUUACGAAAAACGGAAAAAUGGAUCAAGAAAGAAAUAUGGUUAACAAAUAAAAUCCUUUUUUACUUUUCCGAAUUCUUCAGAGAUUCAAUUACACAUAAAAUUACAUGGCAAAUUAUUAAACCAUAUAGCGAGACAUUAGUGUCUCAAUAUUUAUUCCCUCAAUUAUGCUUUUCUGAUGAAGAUGAACAAUUAUGGACAGAAGAUCCUGUUGAUUAUAUUCAUAAAAAAAUGGAUCCUCUAGAAGAUUUCAGUUCUCAUACAGCUGCUGCUAUUUCUCUCCUUAUGGACCUAGCAAAACUUAGAAAAAAAUAUACUUUUAUGGGAAUAAUGGGUUUUAUUAAUAAUAUUUUAGCUACUUAUCAUGAUUCUCCUGCUGAUACAAAAAAUCCUCGUCAUAAAGAUGGUGCUUUGAAAAUGAUUGGUUGUCUUAGUGAUAUGGUUAUGCGUAAAAAAUCUGGUGUUGCUCAUCUUAUGGAAGGUUUUCUUACUACUCAUGUGUUUCCUGAAUUUCAAAAAUCAAAUCUAGGAAUAGCAUUUCAAGGAAUUACUAGUUGUAUGCGUGAUGAUGAAUUACCAGUAAAAGUUCAAGCUUGUUUAGCUUUGCAAAGCAUGAUACGACACGAAACAGUAAAAGCUGCUCUAAUUCCUAAUAUACCAAUGGUUAUGCAACAACUUCUCGAUCUAACCAAUCAAAUUGAUACUGAUACACUUGCUAAUGUAAUGGAAGAUUUUGUUGAAGUUUUUUCCAAGGAAUUAAGCCCUUUCGCUAUUCAAUUAUGUGAACAAUUACGAAAUGCAUUCUUAAGAAUUAUGCAAGACUAUCAGAACGCUCCCGCAGUUCCUGGAAGUGAAGAUAUUUAUGAUCCUGCAUACGAUUGUGGUGAAAAAACUUUGGCAGCUGCUGGUGUUCUCAAAACAAUAACUACCUUAAUUCUUAGUUUGGAAAGUACACCGGAAAUUUUAUCUCAAUUAGAAAAUGUAUUAUUACCUGUUAUUACAUUUACGUUAGAAAAUACAAUUACAGAUUUAUACGAUGAUAUCUUUGAUAUUAUCGAUAGUUGUACGUAUUCCACAAAACAAAUAUCACCUACAAUGUGGGGAAUAUUUGACUUAAUAUAUAAAACAUUUAAAGGAAAUGAAACAAUAUCUGGAAUUGAUUAUAUUGAAGAAAUGCUUCCUUCUCUUGAUAAUUAUAUAUCCUAUGGUACCGAUGUAUUUGUGCAAAAUGCUGAUUUGCACACUAGAAUAUAUGAUAUCAUUGAAACAGUUAUGAAUAGUGAUCGUAUUAAUGAAAGUGAACGUGUUUGUGCUUGUAAAUUGAUUGAAUCUGUAUUAUUAAAUUGUCGUGGAUGUAUGGAUCAGGUAAUCAAUUGCCUUUACUAUAAUCCUGCUAUGACACUUCAUAAUCUUGAAGAACGUGGCCUUACUCAAGCAUUUUUUACAAUAUGGUUUGAAAACAUUGAAAAAUUUAAACGAGUUCAUGAUAAAAAACUUGUUAUUGUAGCACUUUGUUCAUUAUUGGAAUUACCUUUUGAACAAUUACCACCUACAUUACAAGCUGGAUGGACACAAGUUUUGGAUGGUAUUCUAACAGUAUUCAAAUCUUUACCUAAAGCCGAAGAAAAUCGAGAAAAUCUCGAAAAAAGUUAUGAAGAUGACGAUAGUGAUGACUCAGAUGAACUUGAAUCUCUCGAUAAAGCAUAUGGUGAAGACGACAGUGUUGGUAAUGAUGAUGAAAAUGUAGUUGAUGAGGAUACACAAUAUUUAGAGUUUUUGGCACAAGAGGUAAUUUUUAUUAGUUAUAAUUUUGUGAUUGUUAUACAUAAAGUAGAUGUCUAUAUAAAAUUUCAUGAAUCAUUCAUUGGUGUUCAACAACAUUAUCCAGCAUCUUAUAAUCAUCUUACAAAAAAUCUUGAUAAUAAUAAACAAGGAUUUAUUAUGUCAUUAUUUUCUACAGCGGAACAAAGAAAAAAUUAA